AUGUUCGUCAUCAAGAAGAAGAGCGCGGCCAAGUCGAACGCGGAGUGGGCGGCCGUGAAGAGCACCUUCAUGCAGCUGGGCAUCUACUUCAUCGCCGUGCGCGUCAUGGCGCGCGGCGGCGGGAGCUGCGCGGGCGGCGCGGCUUUUUUGGGGGGGCGGAUGUCGUCGUUCCGGUCCUUCGCGGCGGCGCGGAAGAAGAGCGCGCCGAAGACGGCGGACCUGCGCGCGGCGGCGCUCGCGAUCCCGGCCGUCGCGUGGGCGGCCGGCGAGGAGCGCGCGGGCGGCGUCGCGAUCUGGCAGGCGCACGGCGAGCCCUGGUACGAGUCGGGCCUGCCGUCGAGCGUCGCCGUGUUCGCGGGGUGCGACACGGACGCGCGGAUCGGAGGCGUCGCGCCCGGCGCGCUCGUCGCCGUCGUGCCCGGCGCGCGGCGCUUCGACGCCGCGGGCGAGCUGCGGCUCAGGGUCGAGGUCACGCUGGAGGCCGGGCGCACCGUGGGCUGGAUGAAGGCCAAGGCGCUGAGCCCGACGCCGCACACGUUCCACUCGGCGAGCCACGAGCUCCACGACGGCGUCGCCGAGGACGCGGGGCCGACGCUUGGCGGCGUCGCCGGCGGGCCGAAUCUGCGGGUCAUGCGCUUCCGCGAGGACGGCGGCUCGGCGGCGGCGCUGGCGAAGCGCAAGCCGGCGAAGCGCAAGCCGGACAAGGCCGUGGAGGCGUGCUUCGCGGCGACGAAGGACCGCCAGCGCGAGCUCCACCGCCGCGAGCGCGUCUCCGGGGGCUGUCGAACGUCGCUGGCCUGCGCCUGCGGCGAGGGCUUCGGGCGCGAGGCGCGGUUGCCGCCGCCGCCGGGCUUCGUGGCGGGACGGGUGUCGAUCAUCGUGCCGACGUUCGGCCCGCGGCACCACCUGCACCACCAGAUCUACAAGUGCUUCGUCGCGCAGGACUGGGCCGACAAGGAGCUGCUCGUCCUGGACACGGACCGCGAGAGCCGCUUCUUCGCGCAUCUCAGGGACGAGCGCGUGCUCUACUUCCGCACGGACGCGCACGGCGAGGUCGGGAAGCCGAGCUUGGGGUCGAAGCGGAACACGCUCCUGGCGAACUGCAGCGGCGAGUUCGUCGUCUGCUUCGACGACGACAACCUCUACGCGCCCCAGUACGUGUCCACCGUGCUCGGCCACAUGGCGGCCGCCGGCGCGACGAUGACGGUCCUGACCGCGGCGCACGGCUACGACGUGUCGAAGGACGAGCUCCGCAUGCACGAGGACCUCGACGCGCGCGGCGAGUUCUACGUCUUCCGCCGGUCGACCAUGGACUGCCUGAGCUUCGUCGACACGGGCGUCGGCGAGGAGGCCGGCGUCGUCCACGCGAACGCGACGCACCGCAUCUACGACGACUUCGGCCUCUUCAUCCACGCGACGCACGGCAAGAACCUGAGCUCGUUCUCGGGCUCGUCCGCGGAGCGCAAGUGCGCCAUCUCCGACCCCAUCGAUCCGCAGACGCUCCCGAACCCGCAGAUGCGCGCCAUGCUCGCGGAGCACCGCGACGCGUUCCACCACGCGGAGCAGCCCACGUCGGGCUGGCGGCCCCUCAGCGCGUCCGACGGCCCGCUCGCGCGCCCGACCUUUCCGUGA